GUUUUACCGUCCAAUAUGGCCGCAAUGUUUUCUUUAGCAAGUUUAUUGAAUCCUUUGGCAAAGAUAAGCAGGAAUGAGCUUAUGACCCCGAUUUGAUUUGUUAUUUUUCACUGGCCAAAGACGCUAUAUGGUCCAAAGACUAUGAGCCAUGCCAGAUGCCAGUGAUCCUUUGUACUUUGAUGUUGAUAUAUACAAAGCACUCUUUAAUAACACUGGCCAAUAUUUCUUGAAGAUUGCAAUCCAGGGAUCUCCUGAAAAACAAAAUGAAGUCAAGCUUUACAUCAACCAGUCAAAGAAUGGUCUACACCAGUCACAGUAUGUUACUGAUGCCUGUUUUCAAGGUGACACAGGCGAACCAAUCAUGUUUCCUGAUUCAAAGAUAACCUUUUACAUACCACAAGGAUUUGUGGAACAGGAAGUAUUUCUUAUUGCAGAGGCUUAUGAACUCUCAGAAACUCAACAAAAAUGUGGAGAAGCUGCAUUCUUAGUAUAUCCUCACAGAAGCUCCCUUUUCCCAACCAAAGUGGCACCAGAAAACAGAGCAGAUGAAAAGCAUGUUUUGUAUAAUACUGAAAAGCAAUUAACUUUAACAACAGCAGAAAGUGGUCUUGGUGGGAUGUCAGUAAGUGUUGGUGUACUUUGGAUGAAAGCAGUCCUUAGAAAGGCAGAUCAGGAGGACUCACAGGAACAGAAUAUAGUUCCUACUUCUGCAGGCAAGUGUAAGCCUACACCUUAUUAUUUAGUCAACGAAUCUCCGUUGGGACCACUCAGCUCAAUUGUACACCCUCGUCAUCUGUGUGGCAGCUAUGUCGCCCGUGAGGGAUACUGUGAAGUUGCUGUACUUGUUCACGCUGCCAUUGGACUUCCAAGUAAAUCAGAUGGUCGCCCACCUCAACCCUAUGUCAUUGGGAAAUCAAAGAGGGAUCGUAGCAGAGGUCUUCCUUCACGUUCAAUUACACAUACCUCCAUUCAACCAACUCAUUUUCCAACCUGGGAUGAAGUAUUGCUGGUAGAAUUUCCACAAGAAGAUUUCAAGCAAGAAGAGGUACAUCUUUGUAUUGCUGACAGCCCUAGUAAAGAGCUAUUAGCUGAGUACAGAAUACCGGUAUCACAAUUGAAACCAUUUUAUCCUUACAACUUGGAAUUAGUUAAGUCAAACAAUAAUCUUGGCAAUAGCUCAAGAUUAUACGUGUCAUUUAUCCUGAAGUUCGACAGACUAUCUAAACCAGAUAAUAAUAGUGCGAAAAUCUAUGGAAUGGAGGUUUUGUUACGUGGUUUUGAGAGUCCCAUUUCCAAUCAAGUGGGACCGCUCAUUGCAGUGUCCAGAAUAGUACCUGACUGGGACGAAUACAGAGAAAAGAUGCUCACUAGUCACCCUUGUACAGCCAGUGUUACCAUGACGACAAUAGGUUUUCCAUCACCACACCCUACUUCAUUUUCAGUCGCCAGCUCUUCGCUUCUUUACGGUUCACCACAGGUUACAGUCUGUGGGGAACCUUUUCACCAGCCGUACUGGAACCAAAUGUUUUAUUUUCCUGGAGACAAAGAAUCGCUGUUUUCAAAAAAAGCUUCAAUGGUGAUUGAGUUUUAUACAGCUUCACAAGCAUUCAGUGAUUCUGGUUGGCAACUCACCAAUGCAGUGGGAUAUUGUAAUCGAAUACUUAAUCAGCCCUUGGCCUUCGCUCUUCAACAGCAAAAUGCGUCUAUGGGAUUAAGAUUAAACAAUCUUCCAAUACAGGGCUUCAUGAAGACGCCAACAGGAAGGAAAGCGUCGGCGGGUAUUGUUUUACGACUCCUGUCACAAGAGCGCCCAGACGGUCUGGCAUCGGCAUCACAAUUUUCUUCCCUUCCGGUUUUUAAUGAAAACCCAGAAAUGUUGGAUCCUGAAGAGCAUCUUGCAGAACAACCAAACAUGACAACAGAAAAGAAUCCAUACGGUCUUCCCCCUUUUGAURCUGUGCAACGCAUUCUGCCAUUAAGUAAGCCAAAAGAUUCAUCCGACCUACUGAUGUCACAGUCUUUCCAACAACCCCUUAAAAAUGACAGAGCCAAUUCCAAUGGAGAUCCUGUAGCAAUUCCUUUAGAGUUAAGAAGCACAAUGGAUUUAAGAACAUUGGCCUUACUAGAUUAUCRAAUGAAGGAAGUGGAUCGCUAUCGAACUGCAAUGAGGAAACUAGCAGCUGAUCUUCUACACUUAAAGCAAGAAAACGCUCGACUUGAGGAAGCAAACAGUCAGUAUCGGCGUGAUUUGAAUCAACAUGAUGAGAUCUCAAGAAUAAUGGUUGGAUCUAAUGACCUUGAUAACGUUACUCAUAGCGAGCUAAUACAAAAAUUUGUUAUGUUAAAGAAAAAACUGUCUGAUGAAUCAACGAAAAGACAAGAACUUCAAAAACGGACUCAAAAACUACAAAAUGACCUUAUAAAGAAAAAUGAAAAAGAGAAGGAGCUACUGAAACUACAAGCCGCUCAUGAAAGCCAGCAGGCGUUGUUACAAAAGAUUCAGAGUAAAGCUCAAAAAUAUAAAGCAACUCAAGACGCUUGCAAGAAACAAGAGAAGGUCAUUGUUGAAUUAGAGAAGUUACUGGCUAAUGGAAAAAACGAGAUGAACCUUUCAGAUAACAGAGAAAUAAAUGGAGUAUACAUUGAAGAGAAUGCACGACUUCAUCUUGAACUGGAGCAAUACAAAGAACGACAAAGUGCACAAAACACAAAGCAGCAGUUACUCAGAACUGCUUCUCCAGAUAUGGAAACCAUGCCAAGUUCUGAGAAAUUAGAACUAUAUCAAAAGCUAGAACGAUCUGAAGGAAGAAUACUGGGACUAGAGAAACAGUUGGCAGAAAAUGCGAGGAAAUGGGCUAAAGAGAAAACAAAAUUACAGGCAAAGCUUAACGAGAUGGUUUUAGAACAGCAAGCAGGAUUUCCUAGUCAUUUUGGUCAAGACGCUCGAUAUACACCUGAUGUUAACUUCAAUCCAAGUACCAACGUACUCUUCUCUGGGACAAGAAAGCCUUCGCCAAAGCUAAAUCCAUUAGAACGAAAGCGGCGUUAGUCACUGCAGUGUCCUGCCCAUCAUAUCGACAGGAACAUGUAACGUUGUUGCAUGAAAAAAAUAGGUCUUUGGUAUAAGACAGCAACACCACUAACUUACAAAAUUUUGAUUUUGUGCUGUGAAAAGAAAGAAAUAAUCAGGAAAUAUUUAUUCCCAA